GUACGAGCUGGGGGGAGGUGGGCAAGAGCACUGAGGCCACAGCUCAGUCAGACGCAGCUCGGCAGCAUCAUGAAGGCGGCUGUGAGCUUGGUCCUGCUGUCGUUCCUGCUUCUCUACCCCGGGGAGGCUGCUGGCCGGCUCCAGUCGUGGAUCAUUGGGGGCAAGGAAGCCAAGCCGCACUCCAGGCCCUACAUGGUGUCUCUCCAAAAAAAUGGCAUGCACAUGUGUGGGGGGGCCCUGGUGCACACGCGCUGGGUGCUGACCGCUGCUCACUGCCAGCUGCCACGGAACAGGGGGCCCUUGAAGGCCGUGGUGGGGCUGCACAGCCUGGACGAGGCCUCUCCCUACCAGCAGAGCUUCAGCAUCACCAGGUCCGUCCCGCACCCCGGCUACAAGCAGAAGACGAUGGAGAACGACCUCAUGCUGCUGAAGCUGGACAGGAAGGUGAAGACGAACCGGCAGACGAAGCUCCUCGCGCUGCCCAAGAAGGCGCAGGGCGCUGGGGCAUGGUGCAGCGUGGCUGGCUGGGGGGUGACCAAGCAGCAUGGCAAGCUCUCCCCCGUGCUGAAGGAGCUGGACGUCCGCGUGCUGGACGGGCGCAUGUGCAACAGCAGCCGGUUCUGGCACGGCGAGCUGACCCCCACCAUGACCUGCUACCAGGCUGUUGUUAAACACUCGGCCCCUUGCAAGGGGGACUCUGGGGGCCCCACGGUGUGUGGGAAGAAGGCGGAGGCAGCCGGCGUGAUAUCCUUCUCGGGUGACAGCUGCACCAACGUGUUCAGGCCGCCUGUCGCCACAGCGGUCUUCCCCUACAAGGCCUGGAUCAAGAAGGUCCUGAAGAGCUAGUAACCCUGCCGGAGGCUUCGUCUGCUGCAGCCCCGGCAGGGAGCAGAGCUCAGGCCUGUGGCU